AUGUCUCCCUCCGCCCGCGCAUUCCCCACCAUCAAGAAGGUGAAGACCUUCCUGAUCCAGGGCGUUGGCUCUGGCGGCGACUACCACAAUGUCAAGGGCGGCCAUUGGCUCAUUGACACCAAAAUCUCGACCCCCAUGUCGGGCUACGAAGCCUACCGCAAGUCGCGCACCUCCUGGGGCAUCAACGUGCUUGGUUCUUUCUGCGUUGAGAUUGAGGCCUCGGACGGCACCAAGGGCUUCGCCACCGGCUUCGGCGGUCCGCCCGCGUGCUGGCUCGUUGCGGAGCACUUUGAGCGCUUCCUGAUCGGCGCCGACCCCAGAGAUACGAACCACCUCUUCGAGCAAAUGUACCGCGGCUCCAUGUUCUACGGCCGCAAGGGUCUCCCCGUCGCCGUGAUAUCCGUCAUCGACCUCGCCAUCUGGGACCUGCUCGGCAAGAUCCGCAACGAGCCCGUCUACAAGCUGAUCGGAGGCGCGACGCGGGACCGCCUCCACUUCUACUGCACGGGGCCGGAGCCGACGGCGGCCAAGUCCAUGGGCUUCUGGGGGUCCAAGGUGCCGCUGCCCUACAGCCCCGGCGAGGGCCCCGAGGGCAUGCGCAAGAACAUCGAGUUCCUGACCAAGCACCGCGAGUCGGUCGGCCCCGACUACCCCAUCAUGGUCGACUGCUACAUGUCGCUGAACGUGCCCUACACCAUCGAGGUGGUCGAGAAGACCAAGCACCUCAACAUCAACUGGUGGGAGGAGUGCCUCUCGCCCGACGACUUCGACGGCCACGCCCUGCUGAAGGCCGCCCACCCCACCAUCAAGUUCACCACCGGCGAGCACGAGUACUCGCGCUACGGCUUCCGCAAGCUGAUCGAGGGCCGCAACCUCGACAUCCUGCAGCCCGACGUCAUGUGGGUCGGCGGCAUGACGGAGCUGCUCAAGAUCUCCGCCAUGGCCCAGGCCUACGACAUCCCCGUCGUCCCCCACGCCAGCGGCCCUUACUCCUACCACUUCGUCAUCGCCCAGCCGCACUCGCCCUUCCAGGAGUACCUUGCCAACUCUCCCGACGGCAAGUCCGUCCUGCCCGUCUUCGGCUCGCUCUUCAGCAACGAGCCCAUUCCCGUCAACGGCUACCUCGACGUCGCCGACCUCAACAAGCCCGGCUUCGGCCUCGAGAUUGCCCCCAACGCCCCCUUGAUCGACGCCACAAACAUCCUGAACCCCGCCCCGGCCAAGGCUUUGACCGCCCCGCAGCCGGACGAGGAGAAGGCGAGCAGCUCAUAG